AGGCUUGGUACAGCCCGGGGAUUCCCCGCCGCUGCCGCCCUGACGUCAUGGAGUCCCCGGGAGGGCCCGCCCCUCCUGCUCUGGCUUGAGUUGUGCGCGGCCGCUAGGCACUCGGCGGCCAUGGCGGGGCCUGGCGCCCCCUGCGAUCCCUGCGCGCCCGCCGCCGUCUGGAAGCGCCACAUCGUGCGGCAGCUGCGGCAUCGGGACCGCACGCAAAAGGCGCUCUUCCUGGAGCUAGUGCCGGCUUAUAACCAUCUCCUAGAGAAGGCUGAACUGCUAGCCAAGUUCUCAGAAAAGUUGAAGUCAGAACCAAAGGAUGUCAUCUCCACCCCACAUGAGGACUCAAGGGAGGAGGUCUUAGGGACAGGCCUUGACCAAGUCUCAUCACCAGACUCUCUGAGGGUGACGUGGCAGCAGGAGAAGAAGGAGCUGCAGCUGGUCUGUGGUGAGAUGGCCUAUCAGGUGGUGAAGAAGAGCGCAGCCCUAAACACCCUGCAGUCACAGCUGGAGGAGCGGCAGGGCAGGCUGGAAGCCCUGCAGGCCUGCGUGGUGCAGCUACAGGAGGCGCGGGCUCAGCAGUCCCGGCAGCUGGAGGAACGGGAAGCAGAGAACGCGGCGCAGAGAGAAGCCUACGAGACGCUGCUCAAGCAAGCUGCGCACCAAGAGGCCGCACUGCGCAGGCUCCAGGAAGAGGCACGCGACUUGCUGGAGCAGCUUGUGCAGCGUAAGGCGCGCGCCGCCGCCGAGCGCAAUCUACGUAUUGAGCGUAGAGAGAGGGCCAACCAGGCUCGGGUGUCCCAGGAGCUGAAGAAAGCGGCUAAGCGGACUGUGAGCAUCAGCGAGAUCCCAAACACUCUAGAAGAUGGGACCAAAGAGGAAACUGUGGCUCCAGCUCCUGCCCCUAUGCCUGAGUUCUUGGAGAGUGAGACUUGUGAAAAAUGGAAGAGGCCUUUCAGCUUCAAGAAAAGAAGAGGUCACUCAGUUGGGGGUGCACCUGAGCAGCGAUACCAGAGCAUCCCUGUGUGUGUGUGUGCCCACAUUCCUUCCCAGGCUCAGGAUGUCUUGGAUGCCCAUCUCUCUGAGGUCAAUGCGGUUUGUUUUGGCCCCAACAGCAGUCUUCUGGCCACUGGAGGGGCUGACCGGCUUAUCCAUCUCUGGAAUGUCGUGGGAGGUCGCCUGGAGGCCAACCAGACCCUCGAAGGAGCUGGCGGCAGCAUCACCAGUGUGGAUUUUGACCCCUCAGGCUCCCAGGUUUUGGCAGCUACUUACAACCAGGCUGCCCAGCUCUGGAAGGUGGGAGAGACACAGUCCAAGGAAACAUUGUCUGGACACAAGGACAAAGUGACAGCUGCCAAAUUCAAGCUAACGAGGCAUCAGGCAGUGACUGGGAGCCGAGACCGGACAGUGAAGGAGUGGGACCUGGGCCGCGCCUACUGUUCCAGGACCAUCGAUGUACUUUCCUACUGCAAUGACGUGGUGUGUGGGGACCACAUCAUCAUCAGUGGCCACAAUGACCAGAAGAUCCGGUUCUGGGACAGCAGGGGCCCUCAUUGCAUCCAGGUCAUCCCUGUGCAGGGCCGGGUUACCUCCCUGAACCUCAGCCAUGACCAGCUGCAUCUGCUUAGCUGUUCCCGAGACAAUACACUCAAGGUUAUUGACCUGCGAAUCAGCAAUAUCCGACAGGUGUUCAGGGCAGAUGGCUUCAAGUGCAGUUCUGAUUGGACUAAAGCUGUGUUCAGCCCUGACAGAAGCUAUGCACUGGCAGGCUCCUCAAAUGGCACCCUGUACAUCUGGGAUGUGAAUACUGGGAAACUGGAGACCAGCCUACAGGGACCCCACUGCUCUGCUGUCAAUGCCGUGGCUUGGUGCUUCUCCGGGAACCAUGUUGUGAGUGUGGACCAAGGCAGGAAGGCGGUGCUCUGGCACUAGUGGCACAAGUUCCCUGUAUGGGUUGGACUCUGUUCAGAAGUCAGAAGCCAGAGGACAGCUUCCCCAUGCUCAGGACUCCAGAGACGGAGUUGGGGGUCUACUGUAUGAUUCAUGUGAGGGCCAGGCAGGACCUGGCUUGUUUGUUUAAAAUCAAAGUGUGAGCUAGGAACUACAAUUUUAAAAAAUCUAUUUGUUUACUCUCCUCAACGUUAAAAACUGUAUAUAAGACAUGCCUUACCUCUUUGAAGCAUUUGGGGGUACAGAGACACUUAAGACCUGGCCUCUUCUUUUUCCAUAGAGCUAGGGCCUUGUAGUAGAGCUUCUGCCUGGGAGAUGAGCUGUUCCAGUCUAACCAUGAGAUAACAUGAAGAAAGGCCCAUGCAGGGGCAGCAAAGAACAGCUUUUCAGCCAGGGAGUGGUCCUGAUAGAAAGGGUGAAUAAACUAAAGUGACAUCGGAAUAGUUGGUAGUGGCUUGCC